AUGGAUGAGCGCCAAUAUUAUAUCGAAUGUGAGCGUGAAGAAAUGCUCAAUGAAUAUAGAAGUAUGCGCAAUGAUCCAAAUAUGGAUAAAUACAUUACAAAACGUGUAUUUUUCAACAUGUUCGAUGAAGCUAAUCGACUAAAAUCGUUUGACAAUUGGCCUCAUGACUUUAUUUCAAUUGAAACUCUUGCAAAUGCUGGCUUUUUCUAUCUCGAAGGAGAUCUCGUGCAAUGUGCAUUUUGUCGUGGUAUUAUAAGUAAUUGGCAACAAGGUAACGAACCUUAUGCUGAACAUUUAAAACAUUUCCCACUGUGUCCAUUUAUAAUGGAUGAAGUUGUGCUUAAUCAACCAAUAUCAGAAAUCCAUCGUGGACAAGAUGUGUGCGGAAAUAUGAUUGUACCACAUGCCAACUUUUAUAAAGAAUUGGAUAACCGCAUCAAUUCAUAUUCGACAAGUGUGUUUACUUGCGAAAUUUUAACCAAAACACUGGCAGAAGCUGGGGAUGAACCUUGGGAAGAACAUACUAAACAUAUGCCUUAUUGUCCACAUGUUCAACGAAAUAAAACACAAAAUUAUAUCCGCAAUGUUCAUCUCCGGCUACAAGAAACUGAACAGGAAGAUUAUCAAGGGUACGAUGUGUGGCCUGAGGAUCCUGAUUGGGAUGAGCCAUAUCAUUCAUCAUGGCCAUAUGUAUUAAUGGAAAAUUCCAUUGUACAAGAAUUUCUUCGUUUAGAAUUUGUUAGUGAAUCAAUAUUAAUGAAAUUGCUAAUGGAUAAAUACUAUAAAGAUGGUGAAAAUUUUACAUCAUUUGCACAAUUAUACGAUGCCUUUGAAUUGUAUAAACGCACUAAUGACGAUACCAAAUUAUCAUCUGAAAAGCCUACAAUUAAUACGACAGAUGAAGACAAUGAAGAAACAUUAACUGUGGAAACUUUGCUAUGCAAAAUUUGCUAUUCAAAAAAUAUUGGCGUUGUAUUUCUUGAUUGUGGUCACCAGAUGGCAUGCACUUUAUGUGCAUCAAAUUUAUCAGAUUGUCCAAUAUGUAGAAGUAGUAUAAAAAGCUAU